UGUAGAGUUGAUAUAAUACUAUGUCGGAAGUGAAACGUUUUAGGCGUGCAUUACCGGUCUUAGUUUUAAAGUGAAAAUAUUCCUAUAUCUAAUAAAUCCUAUUAAUUUUUUAAAUUAAAAAAUAAUAACUUUUAAAUUAAGGAAAAGAAACCGCAAAAAUGACGAUCGGAAAGAACAAUAAGAUGCUGCAGCACAUCAACUACAGAGUGCGAAUUAUCUUACAAGAUUCUCGCACUUUUAUUGGAACCUUUAAAGCUUUUGACAAGCAUAUGAAUUUAAUUCUUGGUGAUUGCGAGGAAUUUCGUAAAAUUAAACCAAAAAAUACGAAACAACCAGAAAGGGAGGAGAAGCGAGUUCUUGGUUUUGUGUUAUUGAGAGGAGAGAAUAUAGUGUCUUUGACAGUGGAAGGACCUCCUCCUCCAGAAGAGGGUUUACCGAGAGUGCCAAUUCCGGGCGCGGCACCUGGGCCAGGAAUGGGCAGAGCUGCUGGUCGGGGAAUGCCGGCAAACGUUGCUGGUAUUCCAGCUGGAUUGCAGGGACCAGUGCGGGGAGUCGGUGGUCCUUCACAACAAAUUAUGACACCCGGAGGAAGAGGACAAGUGUCCGCACCUCCACAGAUGCAUCCUGGCGCUCCACCUCGAAUGCCUGUCGGCGGACCACCCCCUGGAAUGAUGGGUCCUCCACCCGGCAUGAUGGGUAUGCCGCCAGGAAUGCCUCCAAUGGGCCGAGGUGGACCUCCAAUGGGUCCCCCCAUGAGAGGGCCACCACCUGGAAUGAUGCGUGGUGGACCACCCCCAAGACCAUAUUAACUGUAAUUAUCAACAACUUUUUCUUUUUGUUUGUUCAAGUCAAUAAAACUUACAAUUAAGAAUAAUAUGAAGAAUUACAAAGCAAUAACUUUAUUUUCACACUAGCUUAAAGAUUUAUAAUUUUGAUACAUUUUCACAAUGUAAUUAAAAAGUUAUAUACAAUAUGAUUGAAGAAUGUA